AUCAUUGGUUUCAGUACAUAAUAUCACAGGGUAGAUGGAGAACCGGUUCUUUUAGAGCUAAGUUAUAUAACUGUUUGGUAUUUGCCCACAUACAUCAUCUCUCUCAGGUGAGGUUUGUGACGUCACAAUCUCAUUUGACAUCAGGAUCCUAUGAAUUGCAGGAUUUAGGAGGAAGAGACAUAGAGCUGCCAGAGGGAAGUCUGUACUUAAACACAGCUCCCCUUGAUUGUUGCAAAUGGAGAGAGGAACAUGAUGACAUUUCUAAGGCUUAAGCUCAAAGGCACAACCAUGAAAGACCCAAGUCGCAGGAGUACUAGUCCAAGCAUUAUCAAUGAAGAUGUGAUCAUGAAUGGUCACUCUCAUGAAGAUGAUAAUCCAUUUGCUGAGUACAUGUGGAUGGAAAACGAGGAGGAGUUCAACAGGCAGAUCGAAGAGGAGUUGUGGGAAGAAGAAUUUAUAGAACGUUGCUUCCAAGAAAUGCUGGAAGAGGAGGAAGAACAUGAGUGGUUUAUUCCAGCCAGAGAUCUCCCGCAAACGAUGGAUCAAAUUCAGGACCAGCUCAAUGAUCUUGUUAUCAGUGACAGUUCGUCACUGGAAGAUCUGGUGGUCAAGAGUAAUCUGAAUCCAAAUGCAAAGGAGUUUGUUCCUGGGGUGAAGUACUAAAUAUAUGAGUAGACUGGGCCCUCUUUUGGUGGAUGUAGCACAAUUUCCACACUGUGAAGCCAGUAUUAGAAGAUUUAAUUGUUAAAACGCUCUCUCUUCUUGUCACUGUGUUACACUUACGCAUUGCCAAAGUUUUGUUAGUCUUGCAUGCUUAAUAAAAGUGCUGAGACUGUUAUUAAGUCAACUGCUGUCAGAGGUUAAUGGAAUGGAGAGAAAAAAUGAAAUAACACAAUUGGACCCAGGCUCUUUUUGUGAAUGAGACAGUGAGGUUGGAAGCACCAGUCGAGAAAUGUACCAAGUUUCUGAGAAACUCUUGAAAUUCUACUUUUCGAAGGAUUCGUGACAAAGAGUGGUCUGUUUUAGCUAAAGCAAGAGUUGGUGUCGAUAUGCACCUGAUAAUGCCUUAACAUGAAAAUAAAAGCAAGGUUUAUCUGAUUAUGCAGAUUAGCUGGAUUAUUUCAGAACUGCUACUAACUCUUCCCAUGAUGAAGCAAAAUUUCACAUCCUGCUCUUCUUUUUUGAGAAGAGCGUGGAUAAUGUAUUAUACACGAACUGCUUUUACAGACCUGUACAAAGUCCUUUAUCUUGGCUACCAGAUCUGGCGGAGGAGAAACAAAAAUGACUGGCAGAUGAGAUUGUAUUACAGGAAGUUAUCAUGUUGGAAUGGUUGUCCCACUAAUACAUUGAUAUUUAAAGUGAUGCGAGGUUGUGCGUCACAAUUUCUUCCAGAAGUCCAGAAACACGGCACUGCCUGUAUAAAAUUUUACAACCUCAAAAGAGUUGGUUUUACCUGUAAAACUUUAUAGCAUUAGUGAUUUGAGUGGUGCUUUUCCCCUGCUUUGUUUAAUCAUCCACUACACAGUAGUCUGCAGCACAAUUUUUUUUUAAUACAACUAGAACAGUUUUGGCUUCUUAAACUUCAUAUUUGGGUAGCUUAAGCUGCCAUACGUGUUCAGUGUGAAUAGUGUUUAAGUUGAAAAUAUUGUAAAAAAAUUAUAUUUUUUCAAAAAUAUUUAAAAAAAUAAAUAAUAGUAGAAACGA